AUGGCACUGGACGAGGUGGUAGAUCUCGUGGAGUACAUCAACCGGUCUCUAGAUGAAGAAGAAGAAUUCCACCUCUUGCGUUUUGAAUUUCUUCAAAGGCUCAAUAUCGUCCGGCUUGAACUUGAUUUAGUCCGCUUAAAAGGUCGAUUUCAGCAUAAUAAACGAGCUUCUAUCGAGGAUUUGGAUACUCUCCAGAGCAAGCUACGGGAUUAUGUGACAGCGAUCCGGAACUACCAGUAUCUAAAGAAUAAAAAGCCCGUCGAAACAAGAGAGGUACGGAGACGAAAGCUUCUUCUACAACGGUACUUCCAGGCUAGAGUCAACGAAUCUUUCCACUCCCACUAUUGCUACUUCCGAGACGCGGAUGAAAGAAUCGAUCCGUUACGCGGCGCCCUAAUGCGGUACCUGCCAGCCUGGCUAGCAUUCUCAAGAGAAGAACGUAUUUCCCGCGAAAGAGAAUAUAGCGAAGGGAAACCCCCUAAGGAGGUAUCCGCGGUUGUGGAUAGGCUUACUCGGUUUCUCCUUGCCUUAAUAGGCGGGAUCUUCCUUGUGGUGCCUAUGGUUAUCAUGAUUCUGGACCCGUCGCAGACUAAGAGCUUGGUGACUGUAUCUAUCUGCGUUACUUUCUUUGCGCUGGUACUCGCUCUUGGUGUCCGGGUGUCGAAUGUGGAAACAUUGAUUUCGACUGCAACAUACGCAGCUGUCCUGGUGGUAUUUGUUGGGGCGAAUCAGAACUGUUGA